UAUUUUGAAUUUCGCAUAUAUGUUUGGACCAAAAAUCAUCAGGAAUUAUGAGUUCACACUCAUCUUUGUGUUAAUGUUGUAAAUUGUUAUGCUUUUAUGAUGGUACUGCUUUCAUUUCUCCGGGGCUUCGAUCGUCGACUGAUGUGUCGGAGAUGCUGCACUGCACAAUGGCCUCUAAUGAAGAUGAUGGUGUUGAUCACUGCCCGACGAUCCGGCGAUGGAAACCCUAGGCGCGAAUUCCGCAGCUGAACAAACGCAAAAUCGUGAUGAUAGCGAUGUUGCGCGAGAAGAUUUCGGGGCAUUGCAGCAUGGGUGCGACCAUUAUAGGAGAAGAUGCAAGCUGAAGGCGCCUUGCUGCGAUCAGAUUUUUACUUGCCGUCACUGUCACAACGAAGCCACGAGUAUUUUGAGCAACCCGAGAGAUAGACACGAGAUUGUUCGACAUGAUGUUAAGCAAGUUGUUUGUGCAAUAUGCAAUACUGAACAACAGGUUUCCAAUCUAUGUUCGAAUUGUGGCGUCAAAUUUGGUGAAUACUUCUGCAGCAUAUGCAAAUUCUAUGAUGAUGAUAUCAGUAAAAAACAGUUUCAUUGCAAUGACUGUGGCAUUUGUAGAGUUGGCGGUCGCGAAAAGUUCUUUCAUUGCCAGAAGUGUGGUUCUUGCUAUUCUGUUAGUUUGCGUAAUAAUCACAGAUGUGUAGAGAACUCAAUGAAGAAUCACUGUCCUAUUUGUUAUGAGUUUCUUUUCGACUCAACCAAACAGACUACUAUUAUGAAAUGUGGGCACACAAUGCAUGUGGAAUGUUAUAAUGAGAUGUUUAACCAAAACCAGUAUCGUUGUCCAAUCUGCUCCAAGUCAGUGUUCAAUAUGACUAAUAGUUGGGCAAGAUUAGACGAGGAGAUUGCAGAGACUGCAAUGCCUGAGGAAUACCGCUACGAAGUUGAAAAUCUCUGCAACGAUUGCAACCAUACUAGCAAGGCGUUCUUCCACAUAUAUGGUCACAAGUGCCAACACUGUAAUUCCUACAAUACACGUGUGAUUACAAGUGGGGAGAACGGCAACCAUAGCUCUACAUAGAGCAGUCAUACAGAGCAUAUGUUUUGCUGGAUUAGCGGAAUUAUUACUUCUUCAUGGGGUUUUGAUCCACUGGUACGAUGUUUACCAACUAUUCUUCUUCUUCUCCAAUUGGAGAUUAGCCUGCUAUCAUAUCAUAUGCAGUGCGCAUUCAUCUGGAAAAUCCUUCAUGCUUGCGGUUGCAUAAGUGAAUAUUGAUAUAAAUUAUUUAGCCAUCACUUAUUUUCAGGGAAUUUUUUCUCACAUUUUUCUGUAUGUAUGUGUUUUGCCUUGGAUGGACAAUUGCAUUCUAGUCGGAAAUAUUGAGGAUAUUAUAUUUCUUGGACGAAUAA